AUGCCGACCGACACGCAGCCCAGCCUUCUCCACGGCCUCUCUCUCCCCCUCCCCCUCCACUCCAUCCCCAUCGUCGUCGUCGUCGUCGUCGUCGUCGUCCUCGUCGUCCUCGUCCUCAUCCCGCUCUUCCUCCACCACCUCCAGCGCCAUCCGAUCCCCAGCCCAGCCAAACCCAACAAAAACAAGAACAACAAACCCCCCACCACCAACCCAGACACCACCAACCCAGACACCACCACCCCCACCCCCGCGCCAGCGCCCUGCACCCCCAACCCCCUCGCCGCGCCCCCCGACGCCUGGUACCGCGACCGCUCGCUCCUCGCGCGCGACAAGACCUACACCCCCACCAUGGCCCUCCGCCGCUGCCCGCCCGACGACUGGCUCCGCAUCGACGCAAACUACCCCGCCCGCAUCGCGCACAAGCGCAACGUGCUGCGCCGCCACGGGUGGGAUCCCAAAGGCGGCGCCAUGGCGUGGUCUUGUCGUCUCUCCGGGGUGCAGGCGCCGGAGGAGGAGGAGGAGGAGGAGGAGGAUCUGCGGGUGCAAGGCGCGGUGGUGGAGUUGUUGGGGGUGCUGGUGGGGUAUUUGGUGGGGAGGUUUCCGACGGUUUGGGUGGGUGAGGGGGAGGGGGAGGGGGGAGGAAGGGUUAGGUGGUUGAGGAGUUUGGUGACGGGGGAGAGGUUCGAGGUCGUGGAGCCGUGGGGUGGGUUGAGCCCGUUGGAGGUGGUGGCGAGGGUGACGGAGGAGGAUUUGGCGGUGUUGUUGCCUGGGAGGGGGGAGGGGGAGGGGGACGAAGACGAGGACGAGUACGUGCUCAUGGCGGCGGUCAGCGCGUUUCCGGCGGGGUUCGAUAUACAGGAGAAGAUGGGUCGGCCGCUCACGGCGAUUCAUGAGCCCGUGCCCAUGUAUAAGGAGAAGUUGAGGAAGGCGAUGAAUAGGUUCUUCAAGAAAAUGACGGCCGAUCGGCUCGUGAUGCGUGUCAAUUGGGGCAUCAAUGAGCGGGAAGAACUGUUCUUCCUGGAUGGCACGCACCUGUACGAAGGAGACGAGGCGUCGUCGGAUGAGAAUAUCGAUAUCAAUCAGGUCCAGCUGCGUGUCGAGAGGCAGGUACUGCGCCGCUUGCCGAGGUCUGGGGCAAUUUGCAUGUUGACGAAGACCUACCUCUACCGGUUGGUCGACAUUGCUGAAGAACCGGGAGUUGCAGAAAGGCUCAGUGGCAUGCUGCACAAGCUGCCCGAGAAGUUUGCAUUCUACAAGCGCAAACCUGUGUGGGGAAAGGUCGUGCUGGCAUACCUGGACGAAAUGGCGGCGAAGUACCCCGACCUGGCCGCUAAUGAUGAAUAG